AGGAGCAGAUGACCUCACCACCAGUGUCCUCCUUCCCUGGGGGACAGACAGUGACUAUUUUGAGCCCACAACACUAAUGACGACCACAGAGAGGGCACUUCUUUCCACAGAGGAAAUUCAAGCCACAGAACCAUUUAUGUCCGGCCCUCUAGGGACUGAAGGAACAUUGGGAGAAAGCCCGGGCUCUGUCCGUGCGGCAAACUCUUCCGGUCUUGUGGAGAAAGAAACGUUGAAUUCUGAGCCAGUCUCCACAACCGCAGGCAACAGCAAUUCUUCCACUGAUGGUCCCAAGGAAGUAGAAACCAGGCUCCCAGAGGGGAAUGCCGAAGAAGCAACUGAGGCCCAUAUUAAAGUAUUCUUGGCCAAGGCCAACUCUUCAAGCUCUUCUUUGGAAAAAGGGACAACUGGAACCACUGCAGAGGUGUCAGAGGAAACAGCCACACCAGCCAACUUCCUUUCUAAGGGAGGAGAGACGACUGAACUCCCUGCAGAGGUAUCUGAAGAAACAACUUUCAUCUUGCUUUCUAAGGGAACAGCCUCCACUUUUUCUGACGAACAGCCUGAAGCCACAGAGCUUCUGACAGACAUGUACUCCAGUGUAACUGAUCCGUCACUUCCCUCUGCGACCAGAGGGGAAGAGAGACUGGCAUCUCCCCUCGAGGAAGAUGCAAAUAAUUCUGUUUCCAGCGAAACAGUUUUUUCACCACCCACUGCAGAAGGACGGAUGCCACUGGACGUAGCCACUGGGGGAACAAAUGUGGAUUCUGAACUCAACCCCACUCUAGCUUCAUGGGAAGAAGUUCCAGAUGCCGUCCCAGAACCUGAUGAGGAUGCUCCAAGGCUUUCCCCGGAAGCUGUAGCCCCGUCCUCAAGCCCAGCAGAUCCUUCCAGCGACUCAGAAGAGCUGCCUACGGAAGAAACAAGAGCCACACCUGCUGACGGGAGUUCCCCUCCAUUUCCUGCAGAGGAGGAUGCUGGGACAUCCUCAUCAGAAUUGCCCCCUUCCAAUGUGUUGCCACCCAGCGACGGAACUGCUGAGUCCCCAGAGUCUGGUGAGCCUGCGGCAGCUUCCUCUCAACCAUCUCCUGACGGUGAGGCUCCUCCAGGCGUGGAAUCUGCUCCUGCAGAAGGAAGAGGUGACACAGAUAGCUCUGCGUCCACAGGGGUGCCCGGAAGUGAUGCGGAGGCAACUGCAAUUCCCUCUUCCACAGGCCCAGAGGUGAGCCCAGAAAGCACUGCCGAGGUGCCCGCUGGAGAAUUAGAAGACCUUGUGGGUGAAGGAGGAACAUCCAAUCCCUCUCCAGGAGAUGAGUCAACAGGCAGUCCAUCUGGCUUUGCCUCCCCCAGUGACACUCCCUCUGGGCCUUCAGAUUUGGGCUCUGAUUCAACAGCAGUGUCCCCCAUUGGACUUUCCACAGCACCAGGUUCUUCUUCACAGUUGCCCGAGGAUGGUGAGGCACAGGCAGCUUCCGCAACCAAAUCCGAGGCAGAGGAAGGUUCUGGAAGCCCAAACAGCAACGAGGAAACACCGUUUGCUUCAUCAUCUCCAGAGCAAGAGCUACCUCCUUCAGGAACAGAGAUGCCUGAUGGGGAAAAUGUUGCUGCAGGCCUCGACAGUGGGACAGCCUCCCCCUUGAAUCCAGGGGUAGAAACUGAUAGCUCAGAGUUGGCAGAUAAGGAGCAGCCCACCAUUUCUACCAAGAGUGAGUCCUCUUCAGAGAUGACCACGAUAAAUUCUGCUGGGGCAGCAGAAAAAGUACCAGGGGCUUUGCCUGACUCCAAAAUGUCCCCUCCUCCUCCUCUUCUGGAGGACGAAACAGCAGCCAGAGCUCAGGGAGCCUCUGGAGAAAUGCCUUCUCCUACAUCUCUCAGUGCUGCACCUUCUCAGAGGCAGGAGGAAGAGUCCUCUCCUAGUCAAGCACCUGGAAAUGCUGCCUCUUCUCCUGAAGAGAGUGAGGCACCUACAGGAAAAGAUGUUGCUUCAGGAUCGGCCACAAAUGAGGUAGCCGCACAAACUAGCAGUGAAGGCCAGAGCGAGAUGGAUUUCCUUCCUGCCAGUGUGGAGCUUGGCCCACCUUACGAAGUGCAACUUCCUGUGGGAAGACCAGACAUUUUGGAUAACGAAGAAUCUUCAGGUCAGCCACCUGCAGAGGACGCAGUGGCCUCAGUGCCAUAUUCUCCUUCGGGAGGAGAGUCUGCUUUUCCUUCUUCAUCUCCUGACGAGACGCUUUCUGGUGUCUUCGUUUCAGAGUCGGAUACAACAGAAGCCCCAUCAAACAGAUCACCUGGGUCUCCAGAGUCAUCUCAGCCACCUCCAGACAGUGGCAUGGAGGCUGGCUCAGACGCUUCCAUAGAGCCAGAGGAACUAGAACACUCUGCUGCCGCAAAUGGAGAGGAAGCAUCUUCUGCCCUCUCGACCACACAGCCUGAAUCAGCUCCUGCAGACACAGAGGCUAUUGAGGAGGGAAACGACUCUGGAGGCCUUGGCAAUGGAGCGGCCUUGCCCUCCAGAGAAGAGCCAGCAGGAGCUACUUCAAAGACAGCAGCUGAUGAGGGAUCUAUUGCAGAUAGCAGCAGCGCUCAGGAUGAAAUCAGUGCAGCUGAGAAUAGCCCAACCAGCUCUGCAGAGAUAACAGAUGCAGAAUCUGAGGGUUUUACUCCUCUUCCUGUGGAUGUUAGGAUGCCAACAAAACCUCAGGGGCCAUCAGAAAAACUGUCCUCUUCUGCAUCUUUUGAUGGCACCCCUUCCGGGCCCUUUGGUUUGGAGAGUGAAGGGGGAGAAGCCUCCGUAAGUGAAGCUUCUGAAAACCUUGGUUCUUCCCCUCAAGACACUGAAGUUGCAGAAAGCAACAGCGAUGGAGUAGGUAGCAUUCGCUUGGUUGCAACUGAAGUAGCUGAGACAUCUAGCAGUGAGGGCCAGGCUGGCACUGAACUCCCACCUUCAGAUACGGAAAUGGGCCCCACUGAAAGAGCAGGGCUGCCUGUCGGACCACCAGGGGCUUCAGCUAAUGGAGAAAUCCCAACUCAACCACCUGUAGAGAACAGGGAGACAUUAGUAGCAAACACGGCCUCAGGAGAAGAAUCUUCCUCUUCCUUAGCGUCUCUGGGUGAAGAAUCUCCUCCUUCCGUUGUUUCCGGGCCAUCAGGAGCUCAGCCUAGUGGGUCCUCUAGUCCUCCAGGUUCUGACCAGUCAUCUCCAGCGCCUGCAUUAAGACCAGGCUCUGCAGCUUCGGAGGAGGCCCAGGAAUUUGAAGACACUUCCAGAGUGAGCGGGAAGGAAACAGAUCUGGCUCCAUCAGACACUGAAAGGGUGGAGAGCAGCGGCUCAGUCAUGGCAGGCAGUGAGGAAUCUCAACUCUCUCCAAAUGGUGCUGCAACAACAGAUGAGGAAGCAGCGCAAUCCGAAGGCUCUUCCACCGUGAAUGGCAAGGAAGCAUAUUUGGCCCCAUCAGCCACAGAGUCGCAAGUAGUUUCUUCUUCCACUGAAGGAGCGGAAACUGCUGGUUCAGCAGAUAGCGAAGGACUUCACUUGUCUCCAGAUGGUGCAGUAGCUGCAGGAUCUAUAGCUUCUGAAGAAGAACCAGAAGGUAUUUCUGAAGGGAGUGGCGAGGAAUCGUCUUUGGCCCCAUCAGCCACAGAGUCACAAUCAGCCUCUGCAUCCACUGAAGGAGUGGAAAUGGCCAUCUCUGGGCCAGCAGCGAGUGUGGGAUCCCAACCAUCUCCAGAUGGUGCUGCAAUAGCAGGGCCUGGAGCUUCUGAAGGGGUAGAACAGUCUGAAAGCUCUCCUGCUGUAAGUGAGCAGGAAACGCCUUCGGGUUCAUCAGCCACAGACUCACCUCCAACAUCUGCAGAUGACGAAGUCUCUGGAGGACUUGGCAAAGGAAGACCUUUCCUCUCCACUGAAGGGGUGGAAACUGCCAGCUCAGAGUCCACAGCAAGUGAGGGACCUCAACCAUUACCAGAUGGUGCAGCAACAGGAGGGUCAAAUGAGAAGGAACCAUCUUUGGUCCCGUCAGCUGCAGAGUCAGAGUCAGCCUCUCCUUCCACCAAAGGUGUGGAAACAUCCAGCUUGGGGUCAGCAGGUAAUGCAGGGUCUCAACCACCUCUAGAUGGUGCAGCAACAGCAGAGGAUGUAGCUUCUCAAGAUGGAGCAGAAUCAGCAAUGAGUGAGAAGAAAUCUUCCUCGGCCCCAUUGCCCACAGAAUCACAAUUCUCUGCAACAUCUGCAAGCAAAGAGAUUUCUGGAGGGCUUGGUGAUGGAGAAUCUUCUCUCCCAAAUGAAGGCAUGGAAAACCCCAACUUGGAGCCAGCAAGUACAACAGGAUCUCAACCAUCACCAGAUGGUGAAGCAGAAGCAGGAGCUUUAGCUUCAGAGGACAGAGAAGAAUCAGAAAUGAGUGAGAAGAAAUCUUCUUUGGCCCCAUGGUCCACAGAAUCACAGUCCCCUGGAGCAUCUGUAAGUGAUGAACUUUCUGGAGGGCUCAGUGAUGGAGAAUCUUUUCUCCCCAAUGAAGGCAUGGAAACACCCACCAUGGGGUCAGCAAGCAAUGCAGGAUCUCAGCCAUCACUGGAUGGUGCAACAUCAGCAGGGGCUGUAGCUUCUGAAGAUGGAACAGAAUCAGCAAUGAGUGAGAAGAAAUCAUCUUUGGCCCCAUUGCCCACAGAACCACAAUUCUCUGCAACAUCUGCAAGCAAAGAGAUUUCUGGAGGGCUUGGCAAUGGAGAACCUUCCAUCCCCAGUGAAGGCAUGGAAACACCCAGCUUGGAGUCAGCAAGUAACACAGGAUCUCAACCAUCACCAGAUGGUGAAGCAGAAGCAGGAGCUUUAGCUUCAGAAGACAGAGAAGAAUCAGAAAUGAGUGGGGAGAAAUCAUCUUUGGCCCCAUUGUCCACAGGAUCAGAAUCCUCUGGAACAUCUGCAAGCAAAGAGGCUACUGGUGGGCUCAGUGAUGGAGAAUUCUCCCUGCCCACCGAAGGGGUGGAAACUGCCCAUUUGGGAUCAGCAGCUACCAAGGGAUCCACCUUUUCUACAGAGCAAGGCCUGAGUCCAGAAAAUGUAGCAGAGCAGCUUGAAGAGAAAUCUGGAUCAAUAAUUGGUGGAGAAUCUUUCCCUCAACCCUCUUCUGUGGCAAUGAUCCACAAAGCUUCAGAAGGAACCUGGCCUUCUGGUUCAGCAUCUCCUGAUGGGAGUUUGGCCACCGAAGCAGGCCCAAACCAAGUUCCUGGCAUUACAGAUCCUUCUCAGCCAUCUUCAGGAAGCAAGGAUGUUGGUGACAACGUGGCAAGUCCUGAAAACACAGGAAGUACAGAAAACUCUGUAAGUGGGCAACCUGUCCCUUCUAACAGCAACGCCCUAGGUGGGUCACACUCUUCCUCUCCAUUGGCAAAAGCCGGCGCAGAGAUGCUCAGAGGAGGCUUGGAAAGUGGUCCUGAACCCUUGGGUAGCAUCAGAGCCUCUCUUCAGCCGUUUAUAGCUGGAGGCACAAAGGCAGCAAUAGAUCAGAAAUCAGGAAAGGAAUCCUCUUCUGUGUUCUUGCCCCCCAGUGAUACAUUGCCCUCUGGAGCCUCCAAUUCAGGUGCUGGAGGCACGAGAAAUGGUGACUCACCUUCUCAGAAGGUGGCAUCCAUUGGCAAAGAAACAGGAAGAAUGGACCCUUUCCCCUUUGGUUCAGAGAGCCAAGCCGCAGGACCCUCACCAAUUGGACUUCCGAGCUCUUCCGGUGAAGCAGCUGAGGAGAAGAGGAAGGGUUCUUCCACCGCAGUGUCUGAAGGAAGAGGUGAUGCUGACGGCUCUGUUUCAACAGCCAACAAGGAGCUGUUCGCAGCAUCCGCUGCUGGCGAAACACGUCCCUCCCUCUCCGGCACACAACUGAGCCCAGCAAACACACUGGGGCAACUGCCUGCUGGAGAACCAGGACCUGAAGUCAAAGCAGAAACAUCUCCGCAGCCUUCAAAGGUUGAAGUCACAGGAAGUGCUGCUGAACACACACUUUCAGGAAAGCCGCCCAUCCCUGUCUCUACAUCUUCCAGCAGCAGCUCCUCUUCAGGUUCAAAGGCCACCAAGUCAGGAUCUUCUGGCACCUCAUCACUGUCUCCUUCUUCUGCUGAGAGGAGUAAGCUGGCUGCCGGGGUAAGCCCAGAGGCAUCUGGCAAUAGCAAAGCAUCCCUCCCAGGAAAAUCAGAUGUCCGCCUUGCAGUCUCAGGAGCGACAAAAUCCUCACAAACUUCCGGCAAGACAUCAGAGAAGAAGCCUGACUCGAGUUCCCAGGAUUCCAAGGGUGGGAAAACAGCAACGGCGAAUGAAAAUUCAGCAAAGUCGGGGUCUGUUUUGGCAGCUCCAGUUCCUGUAUCACCAGUGGUGUCACUCUUUCCAUACGGAGCAAAUGCAAACGAUAAAGAAUACGUUGAAAGGAAAGUGGAUUUUAACUCCCCUCUGUUCAAGCCCGAGAUUGGAAUCCCACUGGGGAAAUCCCUGCGCGACUCCCUCUACUUCACGGACAAUGGACAAAUAAUUUUCCCAGCUUCUGAUAAAGAUAUUUCCUGCUAUCCUAACCCACCUCCUGAAGGUUUUAAUGGACGCGAGAAAGUACCAAUGAUAGCUGUGUUUUGGGCCAAUGCUGACUUUUCCAGAGGCGGUGGCACCAUCUUCUAUCAGGAAUAUGUGACCCAGAACACUGCCAAACACCCUUUUGUCAAGGAUGUGGAAGCAAAGAUCCACCAGGAUGUGGAGUCUUCCUUUUCAGCCAUCUGGACGCUGAAGAUCACCUGGCUGAAGGCCCAGUCAUACCCAGCCCAGAGACGGAAUAGCAGAACUAACACUUACCAAGCCAUUCUUACCACUGAUGGAUACAGAACAUAUACCCUUUUCCUUUACCAAGAUGGAGGAAUGGAAUGGGAUUACAGAAAACUCACUGCCACAAAUGUGCUGAUAGGAUGGACCAGUGGUGAUGGAUAUUUUAAAAAUGAUGAUCUGAUGACCAAAACACCAGCUGAGAAAUACCGGCCAGAUCAAAUUGAGGGCUACAACACAGAUGUGCGUGGCCUGUGGAUAUACAAGCUGGACAGGCGCGUCCGGGUGAACUACAGGCUGAGAUGCCUUGACUGGGUUAGCCACGAGGGACAGCCGUCUGCUUGGAACAAGGACCUGCCUCCUUGCCCUUGCUCUCUGCAGCAGGGACUGUCAGAUGAUCGGUACACACGAAGCAGAAAAGGUUUGCUGGACUCUCGCUUAACCCUGCUGUAUUCCUCUUCCCCAAACAAGUACGGCGCUGGUGUCCGGUGUCUGUACAACAAGGAUAACCAGCUUGUGGAAGGUCACCAGGAGAAAGUCUGGAAGGGUUCAAGGAAAAGCUCCCCCAACAGUGAUGAAGAGCUGAAAGUCUACGGCUGGUGCUGUAACCAGGCUGGAAAUCCAAAAUUAUGCGAUAAGUACAGCCAGAAGAGACCCAAGAUUGGCUGUGAUGGGUACCGGCUUUCCAUCCGGGCAACUUCAUCAAAAAAGAAGCGAAAUAGUGAAUCAGAGGAAGAAAGAGAUUGAGAUCUCCCCUCCUGCAGACCUUCUUUUGCAACAGAUCGACCUCAACGAUUCUUGCCGUUGGAGCUAUCAGGCUCCUUUAAGCACACCCUUUUUACUCCUCUGUUUUAUA